AUGCUACCAAGUCUAUCGGACCGAUGGGGUGCGAAGCUCCAAGUGCUGGUACCUUCGCACCCAGAGCCUGCCAGAGCAUCGGCUCGCAGAAACGCCCUGGAGGAUCCCAAGAAGAUCGACGCGGUUAGUAUUUCAGCCUCCGGAAAGGGCAGCAAGACACGAUACGCAGUUAAAGAACAAUCCGACUUUAAAGAUGCUGCCGAUGAACUCCACCACAUUGUGGACUCGGCACACUCAGGGAAGCGCUGCGAACUCUGCUCGGCGAUUUUAAACUGGUUUGUGCUUGGAGAGAAUCCGUGUGCAGCGAUGCUGAUGUUCGUCAGCAAUGAACGCAUUGCGCGCAAACUCACGAAAUUCCUCCAAGACUUGCUGGCAUUGACUAUUAAGUACGCAUCCAACGACAUCCAAGGUUGCUGCGCAGGCCAAAUUCUCAUCCCGCUGGCCGUGCACAAGUUCCUGUUCAACCCACCUGCGACAUGUGCUGCAUAA